GUUAUCUUCUCUUUUAUACUUCUUUACUGAUUGUAAUCAAAGCUUCCAUUGUUUCAAGCUCGAACAAUGCAUGAAUUUUUGAUAUGGUAUUAGAGAAAUCUUGAUUCUGAGGUAUUCAUCUUCUUACGAUCUGAUCUGCGAUUGCAUAGUUAUGAUCUGACCUGUGAUUUUGUGGAUUUUGUUUCUCUCUCGUUGUUCAUUGUUUCUUGCAUUCUUCUUCUUCUUUGUUCAUCUAUGGCUUAUACUACAAGUUUUGAUCAAUCUGGUGGUUCCACCAGCAACAUAAUUGAUUCCAUUCAUUCUCUCUAUAUGCAUACUUCUAAUAAUUCCGGAGCAAUGCUUGUACCAGUUCAAUUUGCUGGAAUUGGGUUUUGUUCCUGGAGGCAUAGUGUUCUGAGAUCACUUUUAGUGAAGAACAAGUUAGGCUUCAUUAAUGGGAAUUGCCCACGUCCUCAAUCCAAUGAUUAAUUAUACAGACAAUGGGAGAGAUGUGAUGAUAUUGUUACCUAUUGGAUCCUGAAUUCUCUAUCUAAGAAUAUUGCAGAUAGUGUUGAGUAUGUUAAGGAUUCUGCAAAAUUAUGAAGAGAACUUGAAGAUCGAUAUGAACAAACCAAUGGUGCAAAAUUGUACCAGAUACGAAGAGAAAUUAACGCAUUAUCGCAAGGAUCUCUUGAUAUCAUAGUUACUACACCAAAUUGAAGAAGCUAUGGAAAGAGCUCAGUAUUUUGAAUGCCAAAGCUCAGUGCACUUGCAGUUGUACUUGCGGAGCAAAGGUACUUGUUCACAAAGCAAAAUAAUAUAGAAGGUUAAUCCAAUUCCUCAUGGGGUUGAACAAGAUGUACACAAUUAUUCAUGGGAGCAUACUUAUGAUGAAUCCACUGCCAACGCUCAAGCCUUUUCUCUUUUAGUCCAGAAUGAACACCAAAGGGACACUAAACCUUCUAACCAUUUUAAUGUAGAAGCUACUGCUACUACUUUAUAUGGUGGAAAUAUCAGCCUUAAUCAAAUAUGAAGUCUACUUCAUCCUACCAGACAAACUAUGCUCCUAAUAGCUCACAUAGUCACUCUCAGCUUCAAUACAAGGAAAAUUUUUGCACUUACUGCCAUAGGAAUGGUCAUCUUGUUGAGAAGUGUUAUCAACUCCAUGGAUAUCCAACUAGUUCAAAUCCAAAUCAAAGAAACAAUCCAACUCCGAGGCCUAAUACUUUUCACAAAGGAAAUCAAAGGAACAAUGAGGGGGGAUCCGACAAUAAUGUUGUAGCAAAUGCUAAUUGCACACCUGAAUUUACCCCUGGUAGAAGAUCAGAUGGGGAGAUGUAUAAUGUGAGCCUUACCAAAAACCAAUAUGGUCAUGUUCAAGGCAUGCUUCAGCAAUUCCACAAGCAACAUGAGAAUGAAGGAUCCAACGGCAUGCUAAUGGACCAGCAAUUGACUUUGCAGGCCCCUCAAUGAAGAGGCCUAUGGUGAUUGGUAGUGCAGAAGAGGGUCUCUACUUCCUGUGUCCAAGUUGUUUGAACAACUCUUUCAAUUUUUAGAAUGUAGUAGUGUAAUUCCAUGUGAUUUUUGCAAUACUUGUAGUAACAUACAGUCUAUUCAUUCUUUAGAUAACAAGCAAUAUACUCAUAUUCUCAAUAAGAAAAUGUAUCUGAUUCUAUUUCA